AUGCCCUCCCGAGAAAGUGGUCCUUCUGGCCCAGUGCCUAACCCCGGGGGUCAAAGUGAUGAUGCCACUACGGCAUUCUCCCCCAUCGCGAUAUGUGGUAUGGCCCUUCGUCUUCCUGGUGGAUUGGGGAGCCCGCAAGACCUCUGGGACUUCUUGAUAGCCAAGGGCGAUGCGCGGUCCCGGGUCCCCGAGUCUCGGUACAAUGUAUCGGCCUUCCACUCCCCAUCCAAGCGGCCAGGCACGGUGGUGACCGAGUACGGCUAUUUCCUCGACGAGAGCAUUAAGCUCGGUGCGCUGGAUGCGUCCCGCUUCUCGCUCAGUCGGGCCGAGCUGGAGGCCGCCGAUCCCCAGCAGCGCCAGAUGCUGGAGGUGGUGAGAGAGUGCUUCGACGAUGCGGGGGAAGUCAACUUCCGUGCCCGGCCCAUUGGUUGCUACAUGGGCUGUUACGGGGAGGACUGGCUGGAGUUGCAAAACAAAGACCCCCAGCAGAAUGGUAUGAACCGGGUCGAUGGAUAUAGUGACUUCAUGCUGUCAAAUCGGGUUUCGUAUGAAAUGGACUUGCGCGGGCCCAGUAUGACCAUCCGCACUGCGUGCUCGUCUGCGCUAGUCGGGCUGAAUGAAGCCUGUCUGGCCCUCCAACGAGGCGACUGCGACGCCGCUAUCGUCGGGGGGUCGAGCUUGAUCUUUGCGCCAGCCACAACGGCGUUCAUGACCGAGAAGGGGGUACUGUCGCCCGACGGGUCUUGCAAGACCUUCUCGGCCGAUGCGAACGGCUACGCAAGAGGCGAAGCCAUCACCGCUGUGUUCGUCAAGCCUCUGGCCGCAGCCCUUCGCGACGGGAAUCCCAUCCGGGCGGUGAUCCGGUCCGUCAUGUCCAACAGCGACGGGAAAACAUCCGGCAUCUCCCACCCCAGCACUGACAGCCAGGAGGCUCUGAUCCGGAAAGCGUACCAGGCUGCUGGCAUCACGAACAUGGCCGAGACAGCCUUCGUUGAGUGCCACGGCACGGGCACCCCGACAGGCGACCCGGUCGAAGUGCAGGCUGUUGCGCGGGUCUUUGGGGAAGCCGGCGUGUACAUCGGAUCGGUCAAGCCGAACUUGGGCCAUUCUGAGGGUGCAUCCGGGCUGACAUCCCUGAUCAAGGGCGUCCUCGCCCUGGAGCAUCGCAUCAUCCCCCCCAACAUCAAAUUCACCGCUCCCAACCCGAAGAUUCCAUUCGAGGCCUGCAAACUGACGGUGCCUCUCGAGCCAAUCCCGUGGCCCGAAUCGCGAUGGGAGCGGGUCAGCAUCAACUCGUUUGGCGUUGGAGGAUCCAACGCGCAUCUCAUCCUCGACUCGGCCCGCAGCUUCCAGAUCCCCAGCCCGACCCCGGACAAUUUCCUCGCCGGCCCCCAGCUGCUGCUUCUCUCCGCCAGCGCGGCCGGAUCGCUGCAGCGGAUGACCGCGACCUUCGAGGACUGGGUCCCGCAACACCAGGACCAGCUGCGCGAUCUGGCCUACACCCUGGCCACCCGUCGAGAGCAUCUCCCGCAUCGAACCUUCCUAAUCGCUGGUCCAGACCGAAUCGGCACCCCAUCGCCCGGCCGAAAGGUGCCCAGCUCCGCGCCCAGCCUCGUCAUGGUCUUCACCGGGCAAGGCGCCCAAUGGGCGCGCAUGGGACGGGACCUCCUCCUACGUUCCGACUUCUCGUUUCAAAACACCAUCCGGGUGCUGGACAAAUACCUGAAAUCGGCCCCGAAUGGUCCCGAGUGGCGAUUGGAGGAAGAGCUCCUCAAGCCAGCCCUGACGUCCCGGGUCCAGACAGCCGAGCUCUCGCAGCCCCUGUGCACAGCCGUCCAAAUCGGCUUGGUGGAUCUCUUCGCCGCAGUCGGAGUCACCCCUGCGGCGGUGGUCGGCCACAGUAGCGGGGAGAUUGGGGCUGCCUACGCGGCGGGUGCCUUGACCGCGCGGGAGGCCAUCAUCGCGGCCUGGCAGCGAGGGCUGGCCGCCGCGGGGCAAACCCGCCCUGGCGCCAUGGCGGCCAUCGGGCUGGGGUGGGAGGAGGUCCAGAGCUUCCUCUCGCCUCCCACCGUGGUGGUCGCCUGCGAAAAUUCCCUCAAGAGCGUCACUCUCUCCGGAGACGCCGAGGAGGUGCAAGCCGUGGUUGCGCGGAUCAAAAAGGAGCAUCCCACGGUGACGGCUCGGCUGCUCAAAGUCGACAAGGCCUAUCAUUCCUACCACAUGCGCGAGGUCGGACACAACUACUCAGCUACCAUCGGCCGCGACCUGGUUGGAAAGCGACCCGGGAAGCCGUUCUUUUCCAGCGUCACUGGCAAGCAGGAACAGGAUCUGUGUCUGGACGCGGCCUACUGGCAACGCAACCUGGAAUCCCCCGUGCUUUUCCGGGCCGCCGUCUCUGAGCUUCUGGACCAUGUCGAUAAUGUCGCCUUUCUGGAGAUCGGACCACACGCCGCGCUCGCAGGGCCCGUGAGACAGAUACUGAGCACUCGGGCGUCUGCGAACCCGGGCCCCUACAUCGCGGCGAUGAGCCGCGGAGAGAAUUGCGUGGAGUCGUUCCUGACAGCGCUGGGAAAGCUGUUCCAGCUGAAUGUCCCGGUCAAUCUGAAUGCUCUCUACCCCUCCGGAUCCAGUCUGCCCGGGUUGCCUCGGUACCCCUGGGACCAUGGGGUCGACUACUGGCGCGAAUCCCGCAUCUCCCGCGACUGGAGAUUCCGCCAGUUCCCCAGCCAUCCACUUCUCGGCGAUCGUCAGCUGCUCGGCACCGACCUGGAACCGAGCUGGCGAAACAUGAUGCGGGUUGAGGACUCUGACUGGCUGCGGGAUCACAAGGUGGAGGUGGAUAUCAUUCUCCCAUGUGCGGGCUAUCUGUCAAUGGUCGGAGAGGCGAUCCGACAGAUCACUGGAUCACAAGAGAGCUACACCUUGCGAGGCGUGGUGAUUAGCUCGGCCCUGGUGCUGCGCGAGGGAACGCCCACCGAGGUGGUGACGACCUUCCACCCUCAUCGGCUGACCGAUUCGCUGGAUAGCCAAUGGUGGGAAUUUACUAUCGCCUCGUACAACGGCCAGACGUGGACCAGGCACUGCACUGGCCAGGCCUCGGGGACGGCGGCGGAGGAGAGGCAUACGCGGACGGCAGCCCUGAGGAGUUCCCUGCCGCGGAAGUUGCAAGCCAAGAAGUACUACGACCUCCUGGACCGCGCGGGCUUGAACUUCGGGCCGAUGUUCAAGCGCCUGACCGAUAUUGAAACGGGCACGGGGGAGACGUUGGCGAGAGCAAAGGUGACCACCGACCAAGCGGGAGACGAAAAGUACUAUCACCUCCAUCCCAGUCUCAUCGACGCCUGCAUUCAGGCGGCUCCUCUUGCUGGCCUCCUGGGCACAGUGGAUGCCAAGGCAUACCGACGAGUGCCCACCAAGAUCGACCGGGUGAUCGUCCGGCAAAGCCCCACCAGGGUCGAUGACUUGCAGGUGUCGGCCUCGGCCACGUAUGUCAAAGGCACCGGGGAAGUGAUCGGGCAGGUCCAGCAAUGCAUCGCAGAUGGUGUCAUUGUCAUGCACAUGGAAGGCUUGAAGCUUUCGCCUCUCGAAGAGGCCGGCGAGGCAGGAAAAGCCGACAGUCUUGAAACCACCGCCCGCCUGACAUGGGGACCGCAUAUUGACUUCUUGGACGCCACUACGCUGAUCAAGCCGUCGUUUCCUCGGCAUCUGUACACACCGGCUUUGGACGAGCUGGCUCGGCUAGGUAUGAUCUACGGCAGUCGGCGCAUCGAAGAUGCUCGCACGCGGGUGGCGCAUAUGCCCCUGUAUCGCGACUGGAUCAAUCGCCAGGUGGAAGCAAUGCGGCUGGACGAAAGAUGGUCCACUUUCCUCACCCUCGAGGAUGAUGCACUUGUGGAGAGGAUCGAACGACUGGUGCAACAUCUGUCCGAGACGCCCGUCGUGGACUGCGCCAUUGGGCUCCAGAAAGUGGCCACCAACAUCGCGGCGCUCUUCGCCGGGGAAACAGAAGCCCUCGAUAUCCUUCUCGCGGAUGACACCCUAUAUAAGCUCUAUGUUGUCACCGACGCGUGUGAUAGGUCCCAGUUUAUCCAACACCUGGCCCAUACCAAGCCCAACCUGCGGAUCCUGGAGAUUGGAGCCGGCACGGGCGCGACGACAGCGAGCAUCCUGAAGCUGCUACGCCUGCCCGGCUCGACUGGCUCCGGUGGCACACCCUCCCUUUUCUCCAAGUACACCUACACAGAUAUUUCCUCGGGCUUCUUUGUGACCGCCAAGGAGCGGUUCAGUGGCGAGAGCAACAUCGAGUAUCGCAUCCUGGACAUCAGCAAAGACCCGUCCGACCAGGGAUUCGAUGGGGAGAAGUACGAUCUGAUUCUUGCGACCAAUGUUCUGCAUGCGACCAACUACCUCGGGGAAACCCUCCGGAAUGUCCACAAGCUUCUCGACCCGAACGGGCGACUGCUCCUUCACGAGCUGAACUCCCCCUCCAAGUGGCAUAACUUCAUCUUUGGCACGCUAGCGGGCUGGUGGUACGGCGGGCCAGAUGGAAGACCGGACGAGCCGUGUGUGUCCCCGGCCCGCUGGGAGUUGGAGCUGAAAGGCGCCGGCUUCGCCGGCUUGGAUGCCGUGGUACUUGACGGCGAGCAGCCGCAUCAGCUGAACGCCAUCAUGGUGGCCAAGCCGCGGGUCGAUGAUGGGACUAACCAGAAAAAGCCCGUCAGUCUGCUUUGUGACCCCCGUGACGACAGCUAUGCGGAAUCCUUGUCGCGGCAGCUUAACAGCCGAGGCUACGAGGUGCAGACAUUUCGGCUGGGAGACGAACUGCCUCAGUCCCAGGAUAUCAUCUCCCUCCUCGACUGCACUCGCCCGUUCUUUGAAGACAUUGAUGCGGCUCGUUUCCGGGCCUUCCAGCACCUCCUGAAUACCGUCGGGGAGAAGGGUCUGCUGUGGAUCACCCAUCUGUCCCAAGUCCAAUGCCCCGACCCCCGGUUUGCCCAGGUCAUCGGCGCAGCACGCUCCAUGCGCUCGGAGAUGCUGGUGGACUUUGCGACGUGUGAAGUGGAUGACAUUCGUUCGUCGCUGGACAAAAUCAUCGACGUCUAUGCCAAAUUUCAUACCCGAGCGAGGGACGAAUCGUUGAAUCCGGAUUAUGAGUAUGCCAUUGUGGGCGGGACCGUCUUUGUGGGACGGAUUUACCCCUUUUCGCUCAAGGAGGACCUCGUCAUAGCAACCAAGCCAGACGACUGGGUGGCCCUCGACAUGGAGAAGCCCAGCCGCCUAAGUUCCCUGCACUGGAGGGCUUCAAAAGGAAGACCCCUGACUGGGGACGAAGUCGAGGUGGAGAUCUACGCCGCCGGCCUGAACUUCAAGGAUGUGUUGGGCGCGUUGGCUGUGGUUCCGUUCCCUGACAAUGGCCUGGGCGUCGAAGCCAGCGGAGUCGUUCGCCAUGUGGGCCCCGACGUCAAGCGGCUGUGUCCCGGAGACCGGGUCAUGCUGCGGGAAGAUGGGGCUUUCGCGACCCAUGCCAUUGCCUCCGAGAAGCUCUGUGCGAAGAUUCCCUCGGAUCUCUCCUUCGAAGACGCAGCAACCAUGCCGGUCGUGUUUGCUACCGCCAUCUACUCGAUGUUCGAUCUCGGUGGAUUGCAGGAAGGACAGUCGAUCCUAAUCCACAGUGCAUGCGGUGGUGUAGGAAUCGCCGCCAUCCAGCUGGCCCGGAUGACAGGGGCCACCAUCUAUGCCACGGUAGGCAGUGAGGAGAAGGUACGAUACCUGAUGGAAACAUUUGGCUUGCCGAAAAAUCGCAUCUUCAACUCCCACGACUCGAGCUUUGUGGAAGGACUGUUGCACGCGACCUGGCGAUGCCUCGCCGAGUUCGGGAAGAUGGUGGACAUUGGCAAGCGCGACAUGCUGGGGGCCGCUCGGCUCGACAUGGGCCACUUUCUGGGCGGCCGUACGUAUUCCUGCUUUUACCUGGACCUGCUGCGGGACAAGCGGCCAUCGGAGUGCAAGCGACUCCUCGAAUUGAUCAUCACGUACUUCCGGGCCGGUCAUAUUACACCAAUAAGGCCCAUCACGAUGUUCGAUGCCACGGCUAUGGAGGAUGCGUUCCGACACAUGCAACAAGGCACCCAUCUCGGAAAACUGGUCAUCCUCCUGCGAAACGCUGAUGGCAGCCCCAAGAUCGACCCGACAUUAGUGAGAACUGCCCCGAGCCUCGACUUGGACAGCAACGCAUCCUACCUCCUAAUCGGCGGUCUCGGUGGUCUUGGACGCGCCGUAUCGCGGCGUCUCGUGGAGCACAAGGCCCGCCGUCUGGUCUUCCUUUCCCGGAGCGCGGGCCGGGGUCCGGACGACAACGACUUCGUCCAGGAGCUCGAGAGCAUGGGAUGCGGCGUUCGACUCGUCCAAGGCAGCGUCACCAGCGAAGCUGAUGUAACACGAGCCAUCCAGCAAGCCCCCAACCUGAAAGGCAUCCUCCAACUGUCCAUGGUCCUCCGAGACCAAGCGUUCCCCCACAUGACCCUGGCCGAAUGGGACACCGCGGUUGGGCCCAAAAUCCAAGGAACAUGGCAUCUCCACAAUGCCACCCAGGCCGCCGGGAUCACCCUCGACUUCUUCGUACUCUUCUCGUCCACGUCCGGCGUGCUGGGCCAACCUGGCCAGGCCAACUACGCUGGAGCAAACACCUUCCUGGAUGCCUUCGUCCAGUACCGGACCAGCCUGGGGUUGGCCGCCUCCGCGGUCGAUAUCGGUGCGGUCCAGGACAUUGGCUACGUGUCCCAGGACGACGGCUUGCUCCAGCGCCUGAAGCAGACGGGGGCGCACCACCUCACCGAAUCCGAGCUUCUCGAUGCCGUAUUGGCUACGAUCUCUUUCUCCGUGAAUCCCAAUGAGGCCCAUAAUGUCAACGACAGCCUGGGAUUCGUAGAUAAGAAUAACUUCAUCCUUGGCCUUGGCACAUCCGUCCCCCUCAGUAGUCCCGAGAGCCGCGUAUUCUGGAGAAAGGAUCGGCGUAUGGCGCUAUACCAUAAUUCCGUCGCGAAGGCCGCCGUACACGAUGUCAGUUCCGACCGCGACACUCUGCAGGCCUUCCUUGCCCGGGCGAAAACUGACCCGUAUAUAUUGAAGGCCGGGGAAAGCGCUAGUCUGCUAGCAAGGGAAAUCGGGAAUAAGCUAUUCAACUUCUUGCUCAAGACGGGUGAGGACUUGAAUACUUCGCUGCCGCUGUCGCAGCUGGGCAUGGACUCCUUGGUGGGUGUGGAGAUGCGCAGCUGGUGGAGACAGGCGUUCGGAUUUGAUAUUACUGUAUUAGAGAUGAUGGGGAUGGGGAAUCUGGAGGGAUUGGGGAAACAUGCGGCGGAGGGGCUCGCAAAGUUGUUGGGGAUCGGGUGA